GUGAUCCAUCCGGCUCUGCCAGUUUGAUCGUUCGACUCUUCUCGAAGAACUAGAGUCGAGUUUCGUGUCGUUCCAUCCCUAGUUAGGCAGUCACGAUGGCCAUCUUUGGAAAGAAGAAGGACAAGGCCGACGGCGCCACCGCCGGCUCUCCUACACAGGGCAGCGCUCCUCCCGGGACGGCCUCGUCUUCAACUGGUUCGCAUGGCGGCAAAGGCUCCAUCUCCAACGGCGCAGGCGCUCCAUCAGGGGGGCCCAGUGGUUUGCCAGGUCAAUAUGGCUCGCCGAGCUCGCUGAGCAGCGCAGGCGGCGGCCCGCCAGGCGCCGCCUCUGGGUUCAAGUUCGGAGGGCCAGCACCAAGGCAGGACAUGGGCUCCUCGGGCAUCCCAGCACCCGGUGGCGGUGUACCAGACGCCAGGACGCGCAAGUUGAGUGAUGAGGGUAUCGGCAGUACCUACCAGAUGCCGAGCAUCGGUGCAACUGCUGGUGGCAUGCAGAGCGGCCUGCCUCUUUCCUCGGCUGGUGCUCCGCUCUUCUCUGGCAUGACCUCUGGCGGCCCUUCUUCGGCAACUGGCACCAACUCGUCGGGCAGCGAGCGUGGAAGCAGCCGUCCUCAGCAGGUCGUCUACCCGUGGAGCCAGCGGCAACUGAUUGUCAAUCCACCGCGCUUCCUCGACGCCAACCGCCAAGCGCCGCCAGGUACGCUCAGCCCCUCGCCUUUCCCUCGAUACGGCCUCGCGGCCAACCAGACGGCGAGCGCAACAGGCGAAGUGUACCUUUUCGGCGGUCUCGUGCGCGAGAGCGUCAAGAAUGACCUGUACAUCGUUCACGUCGACAAGGUCUCUCAGUCUCCGGCGCCGCCAACGCCUGGCGCGCCGCCUACCUCGGUUUCCGUCGCCGGCGGUGUGUCCGCCACGCUUGUGCAGACUACUGGCGACAUCCCCCCGCCGCGUGUGGGCCACGCAACCGUGCUUGUCUCGAACGUGCUUAUCCUCUGGGGUGGCGACACGAAAGUCCGCGCAGACGACCAGCAGGACGAGGGCUUAUACCUGCUCAACCUCAGCACGAGGGAGUGGACACGCGUCGUCAGCAACAGCGAUGCACCCAAGUCGUGCCCCGUCGGGCGGUACGGGCACACGGUCUCCAUUGUCGGGUCUAAAUUCUACGUCUUUGGCGGACAGGUCGACGGCCUGUUCCUCAACGACCUGUGGAGCUUCGACCUGAACAGCCUUAAGGGCAACCCGACAUGGGAGCUGCUGAAGCCGAACGGCGAGCUGCCGCCGCAGCGGACGGGUCACGCGAGCGUGACGUACAAGGACAAGAUCUACAUCUUCGGCGGCACCGACGGGCAGUACCACUACAACGACACGUGGUGCUACGAGGUUGCCACCAACACGUGGAGCGAACUCUCAUGCAUUGGUUACAUCCCCGUACCCAGGGAGGGUCACUCGACGUGCCUCGUCGACGACGUCAUGUACAUAUUUGGCGGCCGUGGCGUCGACGGAAAGGACCUCGGGGACCUUGCCAGCUUCAAGAUUUCGAACCAACGAUGGUACAUGUUCGCCAACAUGGGCCCAUCGCCGAGCGGGCGCUCCGGCCACGCGCUGACGACGUUCCAGAACAAGGUCAUCGUCCUCGGCGGCGAGUCCUUCACCGGCAGCAAGCCGGACGACCCGGCCAUCGUCCACGUCCUCGACACGGGCAAGAUCAAGUACCCGCCUGACAGCGCCAAGACGGGUACGACCGGCCCCGGUGCCGGCUCGACAAUCCGCAAGUCCGGCGCGGGGCCCAUGGCGUCCGGCAUACCCGGCCCCACGCUCGGUAACACCAACGCGUCGCAGCGUGCCAUGUCGCCCAAUGGCACGGAGCGCGCUGCCAGCCCGACGCAGCGGGACGGCCGGCAGCCGCUUAAUGGCAUUGUCAGCAUGAUGAACUCGCAACAGCAGCAGAGUCCCCCUCCACCUAGCGCGGGGCAGCAGCAGCAUUCGCAAGUGCAAACGCAGUCGCAGUCGCACUUGAUGCAGCAGCCGCAGUCCAAGAUCGCACAGCCUCCGGGUGGCAGCCAGAUCUCUCCUGCAGCGGGCGCCAUGAACCAGCAGGGAACCUUACAGCAGGCACCCGGGCCGGCGGGCGGCGCGCCGCAAAACAUAAUGCGCUCUGUUUCCCCUACGCAGCAAGCGGUGCAGCAGCAGCGCGCAGCUGCAUUGAGCGGCGCUGGCAUAGCACCGACGCAGCCGCCUUCCAGCCUGCAGUCACACGCCAUUUCGCCUCCAGUAGUCGGCGGGCAAGGUAGCACGUACAUAGGCCCUCGCAGCCAGCGGUCUCUCGAGAACAUGCGCAGUAAUCAAGGUCCCCGUGCUGGGUCACCGAGCAUGAUGGGCGCCACCGUUUCUUCGGUUUCUGCGAUGCACACCAAGACAGUCAACGGCUUCAUGAACCUCACCCCUCCCGGCUCGCAGCAGCUCACACAGGACGGUUUCUACCAACAGCCUAACACAUUCAGCGGCCCAGCAGCAGCGGCAUCUGCGCUUGCGCCUUCGAACAGCAGUGCUGAAUUGGAAGUCAUGAAGAAGCGCGAGGCCUGGAUGAAAGCUGCGCUUGCCAUGGCCGUCAAAAAGGGGUUCAUCGCUCCCGAGCAGCUGCAGGGCGACGGGGUAAACGGCACCGACGGGUCUGUUAAUCUCGACCUCGACGGCAUCGAUACCGGCGUCGAGGGCACCGACAAAGAUCGGAUAGUUCGCGCUUUAAUCACGCUCAAGACCAGGCUGGCUCAGGCACAGUCCACCAUCGCCGAGCAGGCUCAACAAGAAGGUGACAAGGUGACGGAGUCAGAACGCAGUCGCGCUGCAGCGUUGCAGGAGGCGGCCUUUUACCGCGCCAAAUUGCAUGCGCUGGAGAGCAAUAACCUGACGGAAGCCUCUCGUCUGGAGCACGAGCGUACAAUGCAGCUCGAGACGCGCGUCACGGACGCAUUGAGGGAGAAAAGCACGCUCGAACGGCAGCUGGCGUCGUUGCGCGAGCAGACCAAGCUGGAGCAGCAGCUGCGUACAUCGGCGGAAGAGCGUCUUUCCGAGACGGCCAAGCGUGCCAUGUCCGCCGAGGCUGCGCAGAUGAAGGCGUACGAGGAAGUCUCAGCGCUGCAGAAGCGGAGCUACAAUGCGGAGAGCGCUUUGCGGGAGCAUGGCGAGCAGCUAGCACAGCUUACAUCGCUCCUCUCGCGCCAGAAAUCGGAUCACGAAUUCGUCCGAGGGCAACUCGACGAUGCAAACGCCACGGUCGACCAGCACCUGGCCAGCCUGACGCAGCUGCAGGCUGCCCUGGAUGCAACGAGCGCGCGUGCCUCCGAGCAUGAGCGCUUGCAUUACCAGCAUCGCGACUUGACGACUUCCCAUCAGCAGAAGGCUGCGCAGCUACAAGCGGAGCUGCAGCAAAAGACGAGCGAGGUGGCUGCCAGCGCGCAGCGGAUCGAAGAGCUCGAGGCCGUUGUUGCAAAUCUGCAGCAAGAGGCUAACACGCACCGUCAAGCGUCACAGGUUGGUCUCGCAGAGGUGCUCAACACGCGGCAGCUCCUCGCUUCGAGGAAUGCCGAGGGCAGCGUGCCAUCGCAUGUUAUUGAGAAGAUGCGCGCUCUCGAGGACGAGUCAGACUCGUUGCGCCAGAUGCACGCUUCCACCAGGGCUGCUGCCGAUCAUGCGGCUGCCUCUCUAUCCGAGACGCGCGAGCGCAACACGCUCCUCGAGAAGCAGCAUUCUGGCUUACGCUCCGAGCUGAGCGUCGUCCGCAGCCAACUAGCCAUUGCCCUCCAAGAGCUUGCGCGCCUCAAGGACCAGGCUAGCGCCAAGGAUGUGCAGCUUCGGGACAGCUUGCGCGCCGCUGAGGCGGCAGAGAUCAAGGCCCAGCUCCUCAAGUCCUUCAUGUCUGAGCGGGGCAUCACAGUACCGGGCGACUCGGAACUGAGCACGCAAGACGGGUUUGCCGAGAGGAAGAUCCAGUCUUUGCAAGCUGAAGUCGACGAGCGAACCAAGCAAGUCGAAGAUCUGCAGAAACGCGUCGCAAGCUCGCAAGCGCACAUCGACAGCCUCGGCCGCAAUGCCGGUAUGGCUGACAAUGCAUCCCUUGUCGAAGCUCAGCGGCGUGCUGAACUGGCUGAGAAGGAGCUCGCAGACACAACUGCUUCAUAUAAGGAGCGAAUGGCGCAGCUCGAGAGCGAUUAUCAGACAGCCGUGCAGUUCGUCAAGGGCACUGAGAAGAUGCUGCGCAGGAUGAAGGAUGAGCUCACGAAGUACAAAACCGAAAAUGCACAGCUCCAGGCCGACGUCACCGCACUCAGGGCGGGAACCGCUACCGAGGAUGGCUCCGAGGCAGCGCGGGAUAUCGAGGCUCUUCGGACGCGUCUGCAGGACGUCACGCAGCAGAGCGAGGAGGUCGCAGCCGAGAACCGCGAGCUCGAACGUAGGAUGGCCGUCCUCAUCAGCGAGCAGAAGGAUGCACACGAUCGCAGCCGCGGCCUCGCCGACAGUCACGCAGAUUCGACCAAGAAGGUGCAGGUCCUUGAGAGUGAAGUCGGAAAACUGGAGAGCAACCUCAAUAGCGUGCGCGAGGAGCUUCAGAAGACUCUAACACUCAACCAGCAUCUGUCUGCUGAGCUCAACAAGACGGGCGACAGCGGUGUCCACGCUGCAUCAAUGACGCGAGAUCUGUCGGCUGCUCAUUCCUCGAACGACCAACUCAAGCAGGAGAACCAAUCCUUAGCACAACGCCUACACGAGACGGAGGAGAAGGUAAGCUGAUCGGCAAUGUUAUCCCUUGCUGUUGUGGACGCUCACA